AUGGCCCAUAUGGUCGCUGCAAAACCUGGAUUCUUGCAUCACGCCCCCAAAUUUCAAAAAGUUUCCAUCCUACUCGACAUCAAGACCGUCUGGGCCCCUCUCCUCCGCCUCCUGUCACCACCGGGACAUUUCUCAUAUCUUAUUGAGAGGUCGCCAGCGUAUCGGAGAUUCAUAUCGAGCCGUCUGGCGUCGCCUGGCCAUGACAGUCAUGUUAUUUUGACGUCGAGCAUCCCUUCACAGCUCCCGCCAUUGCGAUCUCAGUUCUUACCCGAAACCAUCCGAAGAGCGGCGCUGUCGCAGUCGCAAUUCCGCGCCUUUUCCAUAUCAUCACACAGCCGACAGGACGUAAAGUCUGAGGCCAAAACGCAGGCAGAGUCUCCGAAGACAGAGCCUACAGAGACAGGGUCAUCCGCGACAGAAGAGCAGUCUCAAAAGCAAGAAGAACCCCAAGAGGAGUCUGGAGAGAAGAAGGCCGAGGAGGAAGGGGAGGAAGGCAAGAAGGAGGAGAAGAAAGAAGAUGCACCCCCACCACCUCCCCAUGGCGACAAGACACCAUGGCAGGUGUUCAUGGAAACCAUGCAGAGCGAAUUCAAGGCCUCCAAGGAAUGGAAUGAUUCGACAAAGCAACUCGCCCAAGGCGCGACUGACUUCGUGGAGAGCGAAAAUGUCCGACGAGCACGGGAGGCAUACGAGAAAACUACCGGCGCCGUCUCGUCGACCGCGGGUAAGGUCCUCAAGGGUACAGCUGGCGCAGUCGGCAAGGGCGCUGCGUGGACAUGGGAUACACCGGUGAUGAAGGGUGUCCGCAAAGCGGCGAAUGUCACCGGAGAUGCCAUUGACAAGACGACUAAGCCAAUCCGGGACACCGAGGCGUACAAGAGCGUGAAGAGUGUCAUCGACGACGGCAGCAGCUCGAGGUAUGGUGGCUGGGUAGAGAAGGAGGAGCGGAGGAAGCAGAGGGAGCUGCGCGAGCAGAUGGAGAACCCCAAUGGGCUGAGAAAGCACGAGGUUCUCGAGGAGGACCCCAACGCCGGCACCAACGUCACUGUACACAAAGAUGCGCAGUGGAAAGAGGCCUGGAAUAACUUCAAAGACCAGAACAAGUUUGUACAGGGACUUUUCGGCAUGAAGGAUGUGUACAACGAGUCGGAAAACCCUCUCAUCCUUACCGCGCGCAGCAUAACGGAUCGUGUGGCGGGGUUUUUCGCCGAAAACGAGACGGCAAUGGUCAUCAAGAAGUUCCGCGCGAUGGACCCUGCCUUCCAGGUGGAGCCUUUCCUGCGCGAGCUGCGCGAGUAUAUCUUACCGGAGGUCCUUGACGCCUACGUCAAGGGUGACGUUGAGACGCUGAAGCUGUGGCUGUCCGAGGCGCAGUACUCGGUAUACGAGGCUCUCACCAAGCAGUACCUGCAGGCUGGGCUGAAAUCAGAUGGGCGCAUCCUCGACAUCAGGCACGUUGACAUCCUGAAAGCGAGGAUGCUGGAACCGGGCGAGAUUCCUGUGUUCAUCAUCACAUGCAGGACGCAGGAGGUUCAUGUCUACCGGAAAGCGAAGACGAACGAACUGGCUGCCGGCAUGGAAGACAAGGUUCAACUUGUCACAUACGCCAUCGGCGUGACAAGGACGCCAGAAGACGUGAACAACCCCGAGACGAGAGGGUGGCGAUUGAUUGAGAUGCAGAAGAGCGCGAGGGAGUACAUCUGA